CAUGUCUUUCAACUCCGCGCCUCAUAAAAUCACUUUCAAUUAAACCGAACAACUUACGUAUUGUGAACACCUUGUUCUUUUAUUUGAUUAUUUCUUCCGGAUAAAUGACUACUGUAUGAUUAGUCCCCUAUUUGCAGGAGAUGUCGCCAUUUAAUGAGUACUAUUGCGGAUUAACGUGAAAGUAAUCUGGCAACAACCAAAAAGGUAAACUGUUGAUAGUAUCUGUCUAUUCGAGUGUGAUGUUUCGACAUUUAAAAACGUCAAACAUUUAAAUAUAUUUGCUCAUCAAAGUUAGGAGUGGUUAUUAUCAGUGUAGAUUUGAGCGCCGUGUAAGUAUAUAUACGCGUUGUGUAAAACGGAUUAGUUUUAAUUUCGCGAAAGUGCGAGAGGGAAACUAAUGUUAUGAAACAUGUCAUCACGUAAUGUUGUGGACUAACCGAAGCAGUAAGGUUGAACACGUGUUUCGACAAUGUCUCUCUUUUGUAACUUCUUGUCAGACCAAAUUGCCAUGAAGAGACGUCUGUUUUAACAAGGAUUUAUUGAUAUAAUAAAUUUGCUUGGGCAGGAAACAUGAGCGGCCAACGUCCCUCCGUUCCGGCCAAUGAUAACGGCAUUACUCCAAUCCAACAGAUGGUGUCGUCCUGCUCCGGGGCAUUGCUCACCUCUUUGUUGGUGACACCUUUAGAUGUUGUGAAGAUCAGACUUCAAGCGCAGAAAAGUCCUCUCCCUAAAGGUAAACAACCAAACAGUUCUUUUUUUGUAACACGUCAGUCUAAUGUGUUUUUCUUUCAAUGCUCAGGAAAAUGCUUCGUCUACUGCAACGGUCUUAUGGACCACGUUUGCGUGUGCAUGAACGGCUGGUAUAAAGCACCGGGACACUUCAAUGGCACAGCGGACGCAUUUGUCAAGAUCGUACGUAACGAAGGCAUCAGAUCCUUAUGGAGCGGUCUUCCUCCAACUCUAGUGAUGGCCGUACCCGCGACCGUCAUCUACUUCACCUGUUAUGACCAGUUGCGUGCCAUCCUGAAAGUCAAGAUGGGCCAAUAUGAGCAGUUUGCUCCUAUGUUGUCCGGGGCUGUUGCCAGAGUGGGCGCUGUCUCAGUGAUCAGCCCCAUCGAACUUCUCCGCACCAAGAAGCAGUCAGAGAAGCUGACGUACGGGCAGCUGAGAAACUGCGUGCAGACGGCCGUGAAGGCGGAAGGCUGGCUGUCGCUAUGGCGAGGCCUGGGCCCUUCGCUUCUACGGGAUGUGCCCUUUUCCGCUAUAUACUGGUACAACUACGAGCGUGGCAAGCGGUGGCUGUGCCAGCAUUACGGCACCAGCGAGCCCACUUUUGCCAUGACCUUCAUGUCCGGCGCCACGUCCGGCACGAUUGCAUCCAUCCUAACAUUACCGUUUGAUGUGGUCAAAACGAGAAGGCAGGUGGAACUUGGGGAGCUACAAGCGAUGAAUUUAUCGCACAAGGCUUCAUCCACUGUCACUGUCAUGAAGAAGAUUGUGAUGCAGCACGGCGUUAAGGGCUUGUUCGCAGGUUUCCUCCCUCGGGUGGUCAAAGUGGCGCCGGCAUGUGCCAUCAUGAUCAGCUCCUACGAGAUGGGGAAGGAUUUUUUCCGCAAAUACAACCAAGCUCGGGUACUCGGACCUCUGCACACCAGUAACACCUGAAACGGGACGAGUCGGCACUUUCCAAGACCAAUCUUAAAAAAAAAAAAAAAAAUCAGAGCUGAGAGAUUCAUUUAAGCAUUUAUGAUUUCAUAAUGACACACCGUGAAAAGCAAGCUAACCGGGGAAGGGACCGAGUCUGGCAACAAAUACUGAAAUUGUCGAACUUCUUUUAGACAGACAACUGCAGCGCCUCUGCUGGUGCAACCAAGUAGCGCACACCGUAUCGCCAAAGACGGAUUUAAUCAACAAUCCAUUCAACACUAUUAACCAAAAUUGUUUAUCGUGCUCACCUCAGAGUUCUUUUAACACAAAGAAAUGAUACCGUUCUACAUCUACUGAAUAAGUGCAUGAAAGAUGUGAUUAAAAAAAUGUCUUUACUGUGAAA